AUGGGAUGUAACAAACAGAUCCUAGAUGUCCUAGGUUAUACUGUUGGUGACCUCCCAUUUAGAUAUUUUGGAGUGCCAUUGGACUCAAAGAAGUUGGCCAUUGCUCACUGCAUACCCCUGAUUGAAAAGAUAACAACAAAAAUCCAGUGUUGGUCUUCAAAAUUGUUGUCCUAUGCUGGUAGGCUACAGAUGAUUAAGUUAGUACUAUUUGGACUUCAAACUUAUUGGGCUCAGAUAUUCAUACUGCCCAAAAAGGUCUUGAAACUGAUUGAAGCCAUAUGUAGAACCUUUUUAUGGACAGGGGAUUCUACAAAUUCAGAAAAAGCCUUGGUAGCAUGGGAAAGAGCUGUGGAACAUGCUACUGAUAUGUUGGGGUUCAACAGAAGCAUUAGAGGGUGGAAUGAAGAAGUGCAGUUGAUAAAACUGUUAGCUAAAAGGAGAUCAAGCCAUAGCACCAUCACUUGUUGCUUAUUUGCUAUGCUGGUGGCUCUAAUUUGGAGAGAAAGGAACAACAUCAGGUUCCAAAAGGCCCAUUUCCAUCCUGAAAAGAUCUGCAAAGAGUUGGCACAACAUAUACACAUCCAAGGUAGGCACAAUAUCAAAUGGCAGAGGACACUUACUACUAUAGAUUCCUAUCCAUAG